AAUAGAAUUGUCCGUCUACCUCAACUAUUGUUUCGUGACGGUAUUUUACAAAUAAAAGUAGAUUUUUACAGCAUUAGAUCUGUAUAAAUAUAAAUGUUGAUCUCAGUCAUCAAAGUGAAUGCAACGAUGUACGAGAGUAGAAUCAAAUAAUACGUAUACUGACUUGUGCCGGAGAUGCAUUACAUCAAUAAGUGGUUUAUUAAAAUCCGCUAAAUUCUUUGACCAUUAAUGUCAUUAUAUUCGUUCAGCGUAAGAAUGAAUCUUUAUUGGUAAUACCAUUUGAAAACUCAAUAAAGACGGCGAUAUUUAGUUUUUCAUCAUAAGCGGGAUGGGCUUUUCUACGAGUUUGCAAGGACAGUCAUCGCACGAGGCGUUACUCGCCCGUCAAGAUGCUGAGAUCAAGCUUCUUGAAACGAUGAGGCGAUGUCUGACGAUUAAAGUUAAAUCAGACCGCGAAUAUGCGACGACGAUUACCUCUUUAACGAUGCAAGGGAAAAAAAUUGAACGCAACGAGGAUCUCGUUGGUAGCCUUAUAGCACAGAGUUGGAGAGAUAUUAUGGACUCUAUCGAUCAGACUGCUAAAUUAAUCAAGCAACAAGCAGAUACUAUCGAAGCGAUAGUAGUUGAACAUAUUGCAACGUUAUAUUCUGAAAGGAGACGCGCCAGGAAACUGUAUCAAGAAGAACAGACAUGGUUAAAUAAUCAGUUUCAGCAAUUGACCGAAGAUGUUGCCAGAAAGAAAUUAGAAUAUCAGAAGAAUUUAGAGGUGUAUAAACUGAUGAGAUCCCGUUUUGAGGAACAUUAUGUUAAAUCUGGGAGAGUUGGUAGAAAGCUGGACGAUGUAAGAGAAAAGUAUCAGAAAGCCUGUAGAAAGCUUCACCUCACGCAUAACGAGUACGUGUUACUUUUGGGUGCUGUAACAGAAUGUGAACACGAUUUAAGAACUUGUUAUUUACCCAGCUUACUUAAUCGACAGCAGGCAAUUCAUCAAGAAUUUGUUACGUCAUGGAAAGCCAUACUUCAGGACAUAGUGAAAUAUUCUGAUUUUACAACAGACAAGUUUCAAGAGAUACAUUUACGGAUGCAAAAAGCCGUAGAUUCUGUGAAACCUGUAGAAGAGUACAAGGAUUUUAUAGGGAAACAUAGAACGCGACCGACAUCUCCGAUAAGAUUUACAUUCGACGAGAACCUUGUGGACGAUACUUCAGGAAAAUUAUUACCAAAUAAAUUGACGGUAGAUAAUUUGACGAUAGAUUGGUUGAGAAAUCGGUUGACGGAAUUGGAAGCUUCGCUAAAAACGGCUCAACAAAGCCGACAAAAUGCUCAGUAUCCAUCAGAGAACAAUAGCGAUUCCAAAAUAUCAAUCUUGGAUUACUCUCGCGAGAGAGAAGAGUUACGAUUGCGUUGUCAAGAAAAAAAACUUCAGCGGCAAGUGGACGUAAUUAGAGGUGCUUUAAAUGAGUUAGGUUGCGAAGAAUUACCACCGGGAUAUGAUAUUUCUAUGGAGAGUUCUUUCACGGAUUCGCCUGCUAUUACUAAGAAAAAUACAGUUGCAGAUAUUGGUCUGUUUACGUUACGAAGGAAUCAACGAUUUAUGACAAUAUUUAGGUCUCCCUUCAAAUCUUUACCGAUAAUAAACGACACAAAAGAUGGAACAGUUAGAUCGAGUAGUGAAGGUCCCACUUCAAACGCAGAUAAUACUCUACCAGUUGUACCAUUUCGUGGAAUAUCGCAUUUAACUACUAAUCAAAAAGGAAGUGGAAACGGCGAUCUUAUGGAAGAAGAAUGGUUUCAUGGUGUCUUGCCAAGAGAAGAAGUAGUAAGAUUACUUGUAACCGAUGGAGACUUUUUAGUACGCGAAACAACGAGAAACGACGAGUGCCAAAUAGUUUUAUCAGUUUGUUGGGAUGGGCAUAAACAUUUUAUCGUCCAAACGACACCUGAAGGACAUUAUAGAUUCGAAGGUCCUACCUUUCCGUCGAUUCAAGAGUUAAUAAAACAUCAGUGGUUAUCCGGAUUACCUGUAACUAGCCGAUCAGGAGCUAUUCUCAAAACACCAAUUUUACGUGAACGUUGGGAACUUAAUAACGACGAUGUAAUCCUUCUAGAGAAAAUCGGACGGGGCAACUUUGGAGAUGUAUAUAAAGCGCAACUUAAAACUUGUAAGACUGAAGUAGCUGUAAAAACUUGCAAAGUAACAUUACCAGACGAACAAAAACGCAAGUUCUUGCAAGAAGGACGGAUACUGAAGCAAUACGAUCAUCCGAAUAUAGUAAAACUAAUCGGAAUUUGUGUUCAAAAACAACCUAUCAUGAUUGUUAUGGAAUUGGUACCCGGUGGUUCCUUAUUAACUUAUUUAAGAAAAAAUGCUAAUACCAUCACGCAACAAGAACAACUACGAAUGUGCAAAGAUGCUGCUGCAGGUAUGCGCUAUUUGGAAUCUAAAUAUUGUAUUCACAGAGACUUAGCAGCCCGAAAUUGUCUCGUAGGGUACGAAUCUAUAGUAAAAAUAUCAGACUUUGGAAUGUCCAGAGAAGAAGAAGAAUAUAUCGUUUCAGAUGGUAUGAAACAGAUCCCGAUUAAAUGGACUGCACCGGAGGCAUUAAAUUUCGGUAAAUAUACAUCGCUCUGCGAUGUUUGGAGUUACGGAGUCUUAAUGUGGGAGAUAUUUUCUAAAGGUGGAAGCCCGUACAGUGGAAUGUCUAAUUCCCAAGCUCGUGAAAAGAUAGAUGCAGGUUACAGAAUGCCAGCUCCUGAAAAUACACCCGAUGAAAUAUAUCGUUUAAUGUUACGAUGCUGGGAAUACGAGCCAGAAAAACGUCCACAUUUCGAUCAGAUUUAUACUGUUGUUGAGACGUUGUCCCAAGCGUAUUUAUAAAGAAUAAACUUGAAUCGGUAUUAAUCUGUAUGAUGAAUAAUAUUUCUUUUACACCGUUUAUUACAGUUAUAGAUCAUUUUAUCAAAUUAUAUAUAACAGCUCGCAAAGAGCUGUAACAACCGACGCUUAGUACCAAAACAUACGUACGUGAUGUAUCUAUGAUUUACGAUGAAAAUCUCAAGUAUUGUACACAUUUGAUUUUUAAAGAAAAUAAAAAUAGAAAAUAGAA